UGCACCACACGAUCAACCCGGACCCACUGACCCGACCCAUCCACGAAUCUGGAAACUCCCACCGUUCUCUCUCUCAUCUCUUUGCUCCACAUUUCAAUUUUUUUAAAAAAUUUGAAAAAAGAUUCAAAAGAUUUAAAUUUUUAUAUAAUACCUUGCCCCCGCUCUUCCUAAAUUCCAGAGUAGUAAGCUCAGAGUUACAAAACCCAAAAAAUAAAUAUAUAAAUAAAUAAAUAAAAUUUGCAGAUCUUCAUCAUCGAACUGUUUUGAACUUGGUAGCCGGGAAAUUCCAACAUUGAGAUCCAUCGGACGGCCGAGGAUGGACGAAGAGUGCACGACGCCGAAGGGGAGAGAAUGCCGGAUUCCGGUGGUGUACGUGUGCCCGCCGCCUCCGAAGAAGAAAACGGCUUGCGGAACGAAAAGGGACCCACCGAAGAACGGGUAUUUCCAGCCGCCUGAUCUUGAUGCUCUGUUCGUUAUUCCUACCAGACGCCAAGCCUGCGCUUAGUAGUUAUCAGUUAGCAUUGCUUCUGUUUUUUUUUUUUUUUCAGAUUUAUUCCUUGAAUUCAAGAUGUUUGAGAAAAAAAGGUAUUUUGGGUUUUGGUGUAUAUAUAGAUGUAGUUUUUGGGAAAUUGUUUUUAUUAUCAUUAAUUCCUUUGUUUUUCUUAAUAUAUAAGCAUGCAUUAAUUCGUU